AUGGAUCCUGUAAAAAAGCAGCUACUAUUAGACAAGAAUGAUCUUCAGCCUGAGAAGAAAGAAAAAAUGAAAAUAGAAGAAAGACAACAGUUUGGUGUUGCAACAGUUUGCAAUCAAGGUGCAAACAACAGGCUUGCCAUAAAGCUGUUGCUGCAAGAAACAAAUGCUACAUAUUUACGACGAGGAGAGGAGCCUAGAGAGAAUAUAAUUCUUAUAAAUAACAGGUAUAAAGGUGUAAGGCUCAUACCAAAACUGACAGUGUCUAAGAAUAAGAUGAAAGUUAAGUUUGCAACCCAAAUAUUUAGCAGAACUGUUGCAACAAAUAUGGGGUAUCUUGCAGAGGGUAUUAGGGCA